CUUGACAGUUUGCACAGUCACGCCCGCGUCCCAGAUAGAAAAGGCGACGGAACCGACCACCGCGUCACAAGAAUUACUCUAUCGUAAUUUCUAGUAUUUCGCAACCACAAUGGAAAGAUCAGAGUUCAACUAUAGCGCCCCAUUUACGGUUACUAAUGAAAUGAAGGAAUCGUUUGGGGAAAAGGGCUAUGUCCUUAUAAGGGGUCUGUUGGAGAAGGACGAACUACAGAAAAUAAAAUCAACAUUAGAAGGCAGCGAAGAAAUCCAACGACAUUCCUUUGUUACUGAUGACAGUGAAGGGAGAAAAUCCCGCGUGUCACUUUGGUGUCAACCCGGAAAUGACGUCACGGGAAUGCUGUCCCGGAGUCAAAGAGUUGCUGGAACCUCCGCCGAACUGCUUGGGGGAGAGGUGUAUCACUACUACACGAAGCUGAUGAUGAAGGAGGCCCGGACUGGCGGACGAUUUGUGUGGCAUCAGGAUUAUGGGUAUUGGUACAACAACGGGAACCUGUAUCCUGACAUGUUGAGUGUGUUUGUUGCCAUCGACAAGUGUGAGAAGGCUAACGGAUGUCUACAGGUUCUGGAAGGUUCUCACAAAUGCGGUCGUAUUGAACACAGCAGGGUCGGAGGUCAGAUGGGGGCAGACAUGGACAGGGUGGAACAGCUGAGAUCAAGACUGCCUCAUAAAUAUAUGGAGAUGAAUCCAGGUGACGCCCUCUUCUUUCACUGCAACGUUCUCCACACCAACGCCGCCAACGUGAGCGACAAAAGACGCUGGGUGUUCAUCGCCUGCUAUAAUAAAGCCAGCAAUGACCCCGUUAUUGAGCACCACUACCCUCGUUAUAACAAGCUGGAUAUCGUGGACGACAAAGCCAUUCGUGAGUGCACAAAUGUCACCGACAUGGAUGGCAAAGCCUUCCUGGAUCCUUCAGACAACAAGACGAUCGAGGCUUCCAGAGGAUAGGGAUUUCCCUGAAGCUUCCUCGCCGCUGAUUCGUGACUGCUUCAAUAGUGCUUCAUGACUGAUUUGCUGCUUGCUGCUUCAUCUCAUUAAUGAUGAUUGAGUUACUGAUACAUUGCAAUUUUCGUUGCCCCAAAGGCAUGAUAGUGAUGAGAAAUAUAUUAUACGGUUUUUGAAGAUUCACAUUUGGGUGCCCAGAACCUCGGUCAUUGACGUCGUAUCCCAGACAUACCCGAUAUCUCAGAUACAUGAAUAUUAUUCAUGAAUAAGCUCUCACUUCAAGCUAUGGCACAUUCGUGUAAGAAGAAAGGAAGGUUUUAUUGUCUAUUAUAGAUUUUCAAAGGCCUUUGAUACAGUUAAUCACAAAAUUCUUCUGUCAAGUCUGAAAAGUCGGUGUUGGUGAUAAAUUCUAUAACAUUCUUGUACCAAUGUAUGAUAGGUUAUCGGCUUGUGUCAGAAACCUCAUGGUCUUUCAAGUCAUUGUGAUUGUAGUAUUGGUACUUGCCAGGGCUGUAUCUCCAGUCCUCAGUUGUUUUGUAAUUUUGAUUAUUUCUUUAUUAAUCAGCUUGUGGGAAGUAUGGAUCAAUUUGGUGGCUGUGGUAUAUUUAUUUACCUGAUGUAAUAAUCUAUAUGCUCUAAUGUUUGCGGAUGAUGUGUCCUCAGUCUCCGAUACUGGGCCCCUUAGACAGCAUGAAAAGUGGUGUCAUUAUGAUCAAAAGGCUGGAAGCUGUUUCAUACUACAGGUAUCUAGGUAUUAUACUGCAGGUAUUUGGGUAUUGUGUUCACUCCUAGGCUAGUAUGGACUAAAAGCUCAGACUUCUUCAGGCCAGUAAAACCCUUAAGGCUAUCUAUAAAUACCAAAAAGGAGAAGGUAAUUUGUCAUGUGUAGAUUUCAAAAUAUUUGAUGGUAUGGUUGAACCUAUUCUUUGUUCCGGUUCAGAAAUAUGGGGUGUCACGCUGGAUAUGGCGGACGUCUUUCUCUUUGGCGUCAUGUCGGAUGUAGUGAGGAAAUGUGCAUUUUGUGAAUGGUAAUCAUCAAGCGCUUAUUCCAAACGCUGCUUAAUCCUUAAUUCUGUCUAUAUCAAGAGCAAACGUUUAUGAAUAAGAGUCGAACAGUUAUGACACCAGGUGUUCGGAGGGGAGUGAGCCUUUCCUAACUAACAAACAGAUGCAAAGGCAACCUGCUGUUUACCUGAAACAAACGGGUAUAUGGUACAGGCUAAAAUAGGUGUCGCAAAUGCGUCAAGAUUGAAACCGUCCUUCCCAUGUUACAUGAAGCCUUUUCAAACAGAUACUGAGGCCUACGAUAUCGUAACCGUGAUCAAACAGCUUUUGGGAAAGAGCCGAAUGAACCUCUAUUGAAUCUGAUUGUAGUUCAAAAUGUACUUGUGAAAUGUAAACGCCAAAGAUUGAAGUGUUGGAAUAUUGCUUGAUGUACAGGGAAAAUAAACACUUUGAAAAUUGAA